CAGAAUACUUAAAACCACACUAGUACUAAGUGUUUAACGAAUAAGCAAAAAAUAAAAUAAAAAAUGAAGCAUUUCAGCCACCCCCAUGCCUUAGAAUUCUGUGAAGUUGAAGAAACAAAUGAGAUAAUCUGUUCAGGUUGUGAGAAUAAACUUUCUGGCACUUCUUACAAAUGCACCAAACCUAAUUGUGAAUUCACCCUGCACAAAUCAUGCUUCGAAUUACCAAGAAAAAUUCAACACAAUUCCCAUCCUAUUCACCCUCUUACUCUAUACCCUAGUCUACCCGAACGAGACUCAAUUUAUUUUGGUUGCAAUGCAUGCGGUGAAGAACCAAAAGCCUUUGUUUACGAAUGCCUCGAUUGCAACUUUAGUCUCCAUGCUAAUUGUGCUAUCUCUUGGCCAGAAAAUGUGACUCGUGAAGAUCACCAACACUCUCUUACACUCCAAUAUCAAUGGCCAUUUCCUAUUGAUGAUUAUGUGCAUCUCUUUUGCAAGGUGUGCGACGGACUUUGCAAUGACAGCCGUUGGCUUUAUUAUUGUGCCGAGUGUAAAUUUAGCACACACUUGAAAUGUGCGACUGUUAAAAGAGAAGAUGGUUUGAGCCUUGAGAACGAAGAAGAAGAAGAGGAAGAGAAUAUGACUAAUGAGCAAAGAUUGAUGAUGGCAACAAUCAAAGCUCAAGGACAACAGGCAAGGCUUAACUUUCAAGCUCACAUGGCCUAUAUGAACGCCCAAGCUAUAACCAAUAUGUGGCGUAGCUCUCAUUGUUAUUAA